UUUUAUUUUUUUAAAGCGUUUAAAGGUUCUAUCCUGUUCUAACACCAUCCUUUGGUCCAGCCCUUGCGUUGGGUGGAUUCGGUCCGGUUGCGCGAACAACGCCAACGCUUCAUGGGUGGAGGAAAAUGGCCGGGUGUCGUUGUGUGACUUGGCGUCUCAAGGACUAUCGGUGGGGAAACUGAGAGAUGGGUUUGGUGGCGGGAUCUGCCACAGCGGAGCCUCGUCGCUCGUGGAGCCGCGCUGCGAGAGACUGGCUGUGGGUCGCCGUGGUCUCGCUCAUCGCUACUUUUCCCGUGCAGCGGCUCCGCGCGUUCCCGUCUUCCCUCAGUGACUGUCAGACCCCAACUGGCUGGAACUGUUCCGGGGAUGAUGACCGGGACACUGAUCUCUUCCUGUGUGACACCAACACUUGCAAGUUUGACGGCGAGUGUCUCAGAAUCGGGGACAUCAUAACCUGCAUCUGUGACUUCAAGUGUAACAACGACUUCGCCCCGGUGUGCGGCUCCAAUAACAAGGUCUACAAUAACGAGUGUUUACUGCGGAGAGACGCCUGCAAACAACAGACGGAGAUCCUGGCGGUCUCUGAGGGACCCUGUCCUGUCAUAGAGGCUGGAUCAGGAUCUGGAGAUGAAGCAGGGAACGAGGGCUCGGCGGAGAAUGGGCAGAAGGAGACGUCCACCUGCGACAUCUGCCAGUUCGGGGCCGAGUGCGACGUGGACGCGGAGGACGUUUGGUGUGUGUGCAACAUUGACUGUUCCCACAUAAGCUUCAACCCGGUGUGUGCGUCAGAUGGCCGCUCAUACGACAACCCGUGCCAAGUGAAAGAGGCGUCGUGUCAAAGGCAGGAGCGAAUUGAGGUCAAGUUCCUGGGUCAUUGUCAAGGUGACAUGAUAACAGGAAACAAACCCGGAGACGGACACUACGCCAGAGCCGACCUACCAGAGGAUAAGCCCGAGGUGUCGGAGGUGGCACGAGGAAUUUACAUCCCUUGUCCAGAGGACUACAAGAACUACUGCGUACACGGAGACUGUGAAUACCCCAACAUGCUCUCCACACCAUCCUGCAGUUGUCACUCAGGCUUCAGCGGCCCCCAAUGUGAAACCAAGGAGUACAACGUGCUGUACGUGGUACCGGGCUCUGGAAAACUUCGUUACGUCCUAAUUGCCUCCAUCAUUGGUGCUUUGCAGGUGGCCAUCAUCUGUGUGGUGGUGCUAUGUAUCACCCGGAAGUGCCCACGGACUAACCGUAUCAACCGUCAAAAGCAAAACGUCGCGCACUACAACUCGGAGAACACCCUGCGCGCCUCCACUCGCCUCAUCUAAGCGUCGGGGAGUACAGAAUCACGGGAACUGUAGUAUCAAGAGAUUAGAAACACGUCGGCCGCUCCCUCCUGCCACCUGUCGCGAGGAGAUGGACCAGACCGUACCGUACCAGUAGACAGAGGGCAGGGGGCGACGGUGAGGUCGUAAGCGAGGACGAAACAGGGGGGCGACACAUGAUGCCUUGUACCUGUGGCACAGGACACAACCCGAGUGGAUGUUAGGACACUACGUUAGGACUAGUCCUGCUAUUUGGUUAUGUAUGGGUAAUAUUUCCAAUAGUUUCUUCGUUUUUUGUCUUGAUGGGGUCUCUUUUCUGUAAAUGUAAAUAAAUAAUUUAUAUCACAAAAAACA